AUGGAGAGUAUGAAAGGAGAGCUCUAUGCAGCAAUGAGGAAGUUAGCAUUCAUGCUUGGGGGGUGGCUCCGCAGGACUCAGUCCUGGGCACAGAGAAGCAAAGCUGUUUGCAAACAAGCGUCCUCUGCUUCCCUCCGGGACGUGUACGCAGGGCCCUGGGAAGGAAGGCACGCUCGGCCCCGCCCGGGACAAACGCGAAGGGCACCGGUGCGGCCGCCAGCCCGGUCUUCACGUACCCGGCCACGCCGGAACCCAGGCCCGGGCAAGGGCUUCUCGGCAUCGCGGGGCCUACUCGCCCACCGCGCACCUCCAGCCUCCCGGGGGACCCACAGAAAAAGGGCCGAGGCCCCAGAGCCGCGGGGUGCCCGCGGCGGCCGCAGUGCCAGGACGCUCCGUCCGCCCGGCCCGAUAGCUGGCGGCAGGGCCCCUGAGCGGCGCGAGCCGGCGAGCCCCGCACCGCGGCGCGCCACACUCACCGCCUCUCCAUGGCCCGGGGGUCGUCCCUCCGCCGCAAGCCUCCUCCUCAGCAGGGCUCCGCCGCGAAACCUCGCACUCCUGAGGAGGCUGCGGUCGCUGCGGCGGAGGCUGAGGCCCGGCGUCCCUCCAGCCGCAUCGGCUCCGGGGCCGCCUCAGCCACGCGGGUCCGGGGGAGCGCGGUGGAGCGCGUCUGGGGGCGCAGGCUACGGCGGGACGACCGAGGCGCUGCGGGCGGACGGGCUCGGCGAAGCCUCGGGCGCCGCGGUGGCCGCUCCAGCCGCCCGCGCCACUGGGCCACAGCGCCCCCUGGACCCCACGUCCCGCAACGGCGCCGGGACUGCGGCGGCCGCGCCGAGCACGAGCGGCAGGGAAGGCGAGGAGGCAGCGCGGCCUAGGGGUGGCGGGGCCCUGUGCGCCCUGCGCCGCCCGCGGCCCGCGGCCCGCCCCUGACGCGGCUUUCCCGGGAGCCGGAAGCUGUCGGCUGCCCCCGCCCCACCCCCGUCAGACCCCAGCACCUUUCUUUCCUCCGGAAGGGGGAAAAAAAUAAAACGCUGACCAAAAGAAGAGAAUAAGCAACGGGUUGUUCUGAAACUGAUAAACAACUUAAAGAAUGAGCAAGGACUUUGAUGCCAGGCAGAUCCUGAUACCAUUGGUUCCAGUUACAUCCUGAAUGGUUUUACGACCCUGGCAAGUUACGUAAUAUUUCGAACCUCUGUUUUCUCCUGCCCGCCUCGCUGCUUGUGAAGGUUAGCGAUGAAAGGACUGGCCUACGGCUCCAAUUUGUGUUGACUCCAGAACGACCUAA